GGAAACCACAAUUCCCACCACCUACAAACCCACCAAGAACCAAAGCAUGAUACCCAUGUCCAGCGACGAGGUCAACGAAUAGACAACGUCAGGACACACCUUUUCAGUUUUAUUCCUAACUAAUAGAUUGAUAACACACAGCUACAACACAAAAAAGAAAGAAACGAGGAGAGGGAGGAAAAGCUACUGUACCGUACGCAUGAUGGUAGCAGGAAGGGGUAUAUUCCUCCUUUUCUUUCCCCUUUUGCUGCUACCCAUUGGAUCAUCAUUGUCAGGAGCCCUGGCCCAAGAAGACGACAAUGAUGAUACCAUUCGAAUCGCCUGCAUUUUCGACACUACUGGCUAUGAUUGGAGUCCCGAUGUCUUUGAAGUGACCUUUCAACUCAUCAACGAUGGAUGGUGGGGAAUUCUACCCACUUCUACUACUACUAGUAGUAGUAACAACGGUACUUCUACUACAAGAACAAGAGUGACUUAUGAAUUGAUGGACUCCAACUGCGAUGCCAUGGCAGCUACAAAUGCGUAUUGGACCAUGUUUCACAACGACCACAACAACAACGACGACGAUAACCACACGACGCAACAACCAUUACGACGCUUUCAUGGAAUUGUGGGACCCCGCUGCAGUGGUGCCGCCAUUGCGUUAGGGCGAUUUGCGGGAUUGGAGGAAAUUCCGCAAAUAUCUCCCACCACCAAUUCGGCCAUUCUUUCCGAUAAAACACAAUUCCCACUAUUUAGUCGUCUGGUCCCUCCAUCAGAUGAACGAGGACACGUCGGUGCUCUCGUGGCAACGCUACGGCAAUUUGGAUGGGAUCGCAUUGGAAUUCUAGCCACGGAUACGGACUAUUCCAAACAACGCGUGCGCAAUCUACGCAAAGCAUGGAUUGGAAGUCAUGGUAAUAAUACUACUAAGUGGGUUGGACAAGUUGCCUUUGAUGUGUCUUUUCAUGUGGAUGAAGACACCAACCAAGUUGAUUUGGAACAUGCCAAUCAAGCACUCUCCUCCAUCGCCACAAUUCACGAAGAACAAGACGAUCCCAAAGUCAUUAUCCUCGUGGGACACGAUCGACACAAACGGGAUGUACUACGAGAAGCGUAUGCACACCGGUACUUUUCUCCUGCUACGGUUUGGUUGGGAGUGCCGUCCCAUCAAAUCAAAGACAUUCGCUACGAUUUGCAGCGACAAGAUGAACAAGAAGAAUUGCACAUUCCAGGAUGGUUCGAAAUCGCACCGCGACUCAACAAUCGCGAUCCGGAAUAUCAGCGUUUCUUGGCCGCUCUGCGACUGCAUCAACUCGAACACGGCAAGGAAGUCGUGCUGCAGCUUCCCACCCAUGCCGAUCAUUUAGUGGAUGCCAUUCGGGCCAUGGUCCUGGCACUGGUACAAACAAAAGCAACAGAUCGGACCAAUGGCACGGCCGUCGUGCAAACACUACGCAAUUUGCAAUUUGAUGGAGUCGGGGGACGUGUCGAAUUCGAUCCUGCGACGGGAGAUCCCAAAGCACCCGUCUUUUCCAUUCUCAAUGCGCAAUCGGCUGCCACGGGACGUGUCCAGUGGACCGAUAUUGGGACCACGUCCACUACUAUUGGGUCGGUCCAAUUGACACACGGGCUAGCCAGUGUCUGUUUUUCGGCGCAAGAGGGAUGUGGUCUCGCAGCACCACCGGAUGAUUCCUUUCCUCCAUCGGACGACAAAGAGAUUCCCAUUUGGGCCAUUUGUUUGGUCGGCUUUUUCCUCCUCACCAUGAUGGCAUUUCUCUGUCUGGCUUGCAAAUUUCGAGCCAUUCAACAGGCCAAGGCAACCAUUGAGCAAGAACUAGAGACGUUUCGAGAGUCGGUCGUCGGCAUGAAGACGGCCGAAUGUCACUACAUUCCACUCAUUCAAAAUCGCAAAACUGACGAGCAAGAUGACUUGGAGAUGAAUGUAAAUCGACGACAAUCCUUUUAUAUGCCGGGAUAUCAACAAAUGAUGAUUAGUUUUCGGAGACCCAGUGCUGGUAAGCUGCUGAACAACAAAGACAGUAGCAGCCGCAGGUCCGUCCGGGGAGCCUUUCGAGACAGUGUUUUGAAGAGUAUCUCCCGACAAUUGCACUUGCCCAAUCAGGAGGGAGUCGAUAUCACUUUGGGACGACCGGUGCCCGAUGAGCUCGAAAACGAACCGAGACUGGUCGCUUGCCCCGGAGAUGUCAUUCAAAUCACCAUUCAACGAAUCGACGGGUGGGCUUUUGGGACCAAACUUUUUCACAGCGAUGAAGUGGCCGAACGACAGUUGGUGACAUUGGCGCUCAUGAAUAUUGCCAGUGAAGAUGUCGAAGAACGAGUCUCUACAGAAACGGGGUGGUUAGAAAUUGAAAAUACGAGAGAUCCUAGCAAACAAGAUUUGGCGCAGCUGCAUCAGACCAUGGGUGAUGCGACAGAAGCCCUCGAUCCACCGAGUCACUGGAAGAACAUGACGGACGCCACCACGGCGCUACGAGUCGAAAUCGAAGCCGGCAACGAAGAACGAGAAGCCGUCCUCGCGUCGUUCCAGGCCACGUUGCCAUCGAAUACCAAGAUUCAGAGCGUCCAGAGAAUACAAAAUCUCGCGCUGUGGCAGUCUUAUGUGGUGAAACGACGAGCGGUUUACCACAGAGAGACUGGACAUUUCCCUCGAGACGAUGGCAAAGAAGAGCAAUGUCGUACAUUGCAAAAGAUUGAACGGAAAUGGGUGUUUCAUGGCUGUGAUUCCGACGUUGUGGACAAGAUUGUGCAGCAAGGAUUUAACAGAUCCUUCUGCGGCAAAAACGCUACAUUGUACGGAAAGGGUGUAUACUUUGCCAGGGAUUCUGCUUAUUCUUCUGCAACUGUGUACGCGAGGCCAGAUGAAGACGGCUUACAGUAUAUUUUGGCGUGUCGGGUAGUUGUGGGGGAAUACUGCGUUGGCCGUGAAGAUGCUCUGACCCCUGAUGUCCGAGAGGAACAAAGUCAAAUUUUGUUCGAUAGCACAGUUGACAAUGUGGAGGAUCCCACCUUGUUUGUGACGUACCACGAUGCACAGGCAUAUCCAGAGUAUUUGAUCGCUUUCAGCAUCCCUGAAGGUGGCGAUCUGGCCCUCCUCCGAGAACUGGAACAGGCCGGUGCAUCAGCAUCAACGAGCAACCUCUCAACUAUACACCAAAGCACGGAAGGAAGGUCUUCUGUUCGCUUUGGUGAUGAUGGAACCCCCAUUUCGGCUGAGACGAAGGUGUCUCUCUGUUACGACGCUGAGGGAACUCCGAUACCGUCUGAUAAUGCUGGUAAACGAAAGCCUUCUUCUGUUCUGUAUGGAGCCGAAGGCACACCCGUGACGAUGAAGUCCACACCGCCGCAACCAGCAAUUCGCUACGGAGCCGAGGGAAAGCCCCUCUCAUCUGACGACUUUGGCAAGGAAAAGACUUGUGCUGUUCAGUAUGGACCCGAAGGAAAACCCAUUAUGGUGGAGGGGCAACGACAGCACCAAAUUCGCUAUGGACCCGAGGGAAAACCCUUGGCUUCUGACGAUAGUGCAGCAAAGCCUUCAAUAGUGUAUGGAGCGGAAGGAAAGCCCAUUGCGGUGGACGGGCAAUGUCGGAAAAGCCAACAACCAAUUCGCUACGGCGCCGAGGGCAAACCCAUUCGGUAUGGCGCAGAAGGACAAGUUCUUGAUGUGGCACCUGCCGGGCUUUUAGGCAAGGCCGCAUCCGUUCAAUACGGUCCCGAAGGGCAAGUUCUGGAUGUUGGUUCGGUCAGACUGAAUCAGGGACAAAGUCAUGGUGCACCAGAAAAGAUUACAGCAGCAUUCACACCACAGAAGACCGCGUUCCACCAGUCGAAAGACACUGCUUCCGGUCGUUCGUUGCUAGAUGAAACAGAAACUGCAGCGGAAACAGAGGACAUUUCAGAAGAGAUGACGGGCUAGGCUCAUCGGAUGAACUGACACCGGCAGUUCACUACCAUGGCUGGCCUAUCCGAACCGAUAGCAAGAGAGAAUUCCUGCGACGCAAAAGAAAACUUUGAUGAGCGCACCGUUGUUGGCCAAUUAAGCUUGACCCCCGAUGGAGCGAC